CAAUUACUUCCGUCAAAAAAAAAAAUUGUGGAACUACGUGGUUCUCAAAAUUUGUGUGAAUCUCGCGUACAAAUGUAUAUUUUGUAAAUUGUGUACCAGAAAUGUCACUGACAAGCGAAGAUACCAUGUCAACUACGCAUCCUGGCCAGCAAACUGAAAAUGAUUUUUAUGGCAGAGCACAAAAAUAUUGGUCCGAGGUGCCUGCAACAGUGAAUGGCAUGCUCGGUGGAUUAGGGUAUCUGAAUAGGAUUGACAUCCAAGGUUCCAGUAGUUUUUUGCGUGAAUUAAAGGACUUGGAUAGAAAUACCGCACUAGAUUGUGGUGCCGGCAUUGGACGUAUAACAAAAAACUUGCUACUGCCACGUUUUGAAACAACGGACAUUGUCGAACAGAAUGCCAGUUUCACGGAGAAGGCACGCGAAUUUUGUACUGAAAAUAAUGAACACCUAGGUAGACUAGGGGAAAUCUACACUAUGGGUCUUCAAGAAUUUACCCCAACAGCCGGUAAAUAUGAUGUGAUAUGGUGUCAAUGGGUUUUAGGACACCUUACCGAAAAUGAUCUGCUCAAUUUCUUCCGCCGCAUACGUAGUGGUUUGUCCACUAAAGGCUAUUUAAUAGUUAAAGAAAACGUCACCUCGUCCAGCAUGGUCGAAGAAGACAAACAAGAUUCUUCGGUGACAAGGCCUUUAAAGGCCUACGAGACAGCUAUUAGAAGCGGAGGAUUCCGGAUUGUGAAAUCCUGGCGCCAGCAGAGUUUUCCCCCAGGUUUAUAUCCAGUUUACAUGCUGGCAUGUCGCCCUACAGAGUGAAAUUGUCUUUACAAAUUUUAGCUGUACUAUAGUUUAUAAUAAAAAACAUUGAAAAUUAA